AGUAAUAUGACACAGUGCUGUUCCUCAAAUCACAUUGUUCAGAGGAGUGUGUUUUGAGUAUCUAAAGCCGGGGUCCAAACACAGCCCAUAUGAGAGAGCGAUAGCGAUAAUAAUGGAGCGCUCGUGGAUCGGUAUUCUGGCUCUGCUGCUGUUUACUGUGAGCUUUUAUAAAGGUAGCUGUGUUCCAGUUCAAGCCAAAGAGUCAUGGGGAUAUGUAGAUGUCCGUGAAGGAGCUCAUAUGUUCUGGUGGCUGUACUACGCCAAUAGCUCCAGCGCCAGUUAUAAAGAUCUGCCUCUGGUUAUGUGGCUGCAGGGAGGUCCUGGGGGAUCUAGCUGUGGAUUUGGCAAUUUUGAGGAAAUUGGACCACUUGAUAGAGAACUUAAGCCAAGAGGAACAUCUUGGGUGCGUGCUGCCAGUGUUCUAUUUGUGGAUAACCCAGUGGGCACCGGAUACAGUUACACAGACACUGAAGAUGCCCUCGCCAAGGACGUUGCGAUGGUGGCAUCAGACAUGAUGGUCCUCCUCAAGAGCUUUUUCUCUCUAAAGACAGAGUUUCAAAGUAUUCCCUUCUUUAUAUUUUCUGAGUCUUAUGGAGGCAAAAUGGCAGCAGCUAUUUCCCUUGAACUCACAAAGGCAGUUCAAGCGGGUUCAAUAAAAUGCAACUUUGCUGGGGUGGCUUUGGGAGACUCCUGGAUCUCUCCUAUAGACUCGGUCAUGACUUGGGGUCCUUAUCUUUACAGCACAUCUCUGUUGGAUGACAAUGGACUGCAGGAGGUCACUAAAGCGGCAAAUGCGGUGCUGGAGGCAGUAAAACAGGGACAGUACCGAAAAGCCACUGACAUGUGGUCCAUCACAGAGAACGUAGUGGAACAGAACACAAAUAACGUGAACUUCUAUAACAUCCUCACUCAAAACUCUGAUGAGAUGGUGAAGACCAGCUCAGAUCAAACCAAUGGAUUUCUCUCCUCACUGAAGCGUCGCCACAUUCGCCCGUUGCACCGUCAGUCCCUUUCAGAGUUGAUGAACGGGCCGAUCAGACAGAAGCUUGAUGUCAUACCAAAGAAUGUCACAUGGGGAGGACAAGCUGAGGCAGUGUUUGUCAGCAUGGCAGGAGAUUUCAUGAAGCCUGUGGUGGACAUUGUAGAUCAGCUUUUGGCUGUAGGGGCCAAUGUCACAGUCUACAACGGCCAGCUGGAUCUUAUUGUGGACACAGUGGGUCAGGAGUUGUGGGUGAAACAGCUGAAAUGGGACGGACUCCAAUACUUCAACAAAAUGAAAUGGACUGCACUGGAAGACCCGCAAACCGAGAGCCAGACUGGAGCUUUCUAUAAGGCCUACAAGAACUUUGCCUUCUACUGGAUCCUAAAAGCUGGGCAUAUGAUCCCAUCUGACCAGGGACCAAUGGCUCUGCGGAUGUUGAAGAUGGUGACUCAGCAGGAGUGAGGAUCUUAUUCAGAAAAGAACUGGCCUGGCUUGCUAACCACUUUUAGACAAUCAACCCUUAAAACUGUUACCAAAAUCUGACUCUUUUAAUCUUGUGGUUGAGAUCUCAAUGUGAUGUUUUUUUUUUAAUGCCUGUGUCUUGUAAAAUUUCAAUGUCUGCAAAAAAUAAAGUAAUAUUUUUUAAUACA